CAAAGUCUUCCUUUUCUUCUGGGAGUGCAUAUUGUAUAACACCUUUCUCUCUCUCACUCACACACACACACAAACACCCCUACACACACAAAACCAAGUUAAGCAAAUAUUUUACCAACACCAAACAGCACAAACCAGAAACUUUUCAUGGCGUCUCUACAGCUAUCUCUCAAAAAUCAAAAACACACCCUGCAGGUUCCUUCUCAAAAAGUGUUACCAGUCUUGAAAAUCAUCAAACCCAGAAAUCUCCUUCCCUCAAACAAACCCUUUUCACCAAAACCAUCAAAAUCUUUAAUUAGAUGCUCAUCUCUCUCCAGUUCAACCCCAGACAAGAAAGAAUUAAAAAACCAAGAAUAUAUACAAGAUAGCAGACCUCUUCAUGAAAUAUGGAGAGAAAUCCAAGGCUAUGACAACUGGGAAACCCUACUAGACCCCAUGAACUCUCAUCUUCGUCAAGAAAUCAUCCGAUACGGCGAAUUCGCGCAGGCCUGUUACGAUUCCUUCGAUUUUGAUCCUCACUCCAAGUACUGUGGCACCUGCAAAUACCAAGGAGCCCAUUUCUUCGAAAAACUUGACAUGACAAACAGAAGGUACCACAUGAGCAGAUAUCUCUACGCAACUUCAAACAUUAAUCUCCCAAACUUCUUCCAAAAAUCGAAGAUGAGCAGUGUGUGGAGCCAGCAUGCAAAUUGGAUGGGCUACGUCGCCGUCGCCAUCGAUGACGACGAGAUCCAUCGGCUAGGACGUCGUGAUAUUGUCAUUGCAUGGCGAGGAACAGUGACGUACCUUGAAUGGAUUCAGGAUCUCAAAGACAUUUUACAUCCUGCUCAUUUUCGUGACGACCCUUCAAUAAAAAUUGAAUCUGGGUUCUUUGAUUUGUACACCGCUAAAGAAUUAAACUGCAAGUACUGCUCAUUUUCUGCUCGUGAACAAGUUCUAGCUGAAAUUAAGCGGCUUAUUGAGAGAUUCAGAGGUGAAGAACUGAGCAUUACAGUGACAGGACAUAGUCUCGGUGCAGCUUUGGCUAUAUUAACCGCUUAUGACCUUGCCGAGAUGAAAUUAAACGUUAUUGACAAUGGUGAAUCCAUUACUAAAAUUCCGAUCACAGUGUUUUCUUUUUCAGGGCCUAGGGUUGGUAAUCUGAGGUUCAAAGAACGGUGCGACGAGCUCGGAGUGAAGGUCCUAAGAGCGAUUAAUGUACAUGAUAAGGUACCAACAGUGCCUGGAAUUUUCGCAAAUGAGAAGUUUCAGUAUCAGAAGUAUAUUGAAGAAGUUAUAUCAUUUCCAUGGAGCUAUGCUCAUUUGGGUGUGGAGCUUCCACUGGAUCAUACCCAAUCUCCAUUUUUAAAACCCACCAUUGAUCUUGGUUGUGCUCAUAAUCUCGAGGCUCUUCUCCACCUAAUCGAUGGCUACCACGGCAAGGAUCGGAAGUUUUGUUUGGCAACCAACAGAGAUAUAGCGCUUGUGAACAAGAGUUGCGACUUCCUGAGGAAGGAGUAUGGUGUGCCACCGUAUUGGCGGCAAGACGAGAACAAGGGGAUGGUGAGGAGUGGUGAUGGGCGGUGGGUGUUGCCGGAGAGGCCGAGUAUGGAGGCUCAUCCACCGGACACGGCCCACCACUUUGAACAAGUGAUCAACUUGGCCAAGUCUUCAUGGGGUGCACUUUAAUUUGAUGUUUGCAGAUGGAAUGUUUAAACUUAAUGUGGCUUAAGGAUCCAAGAGAGAUCGACUGUCAACUUGUGGCUGCAAAGGCAAUGGGAGCUUACUCCGGUAACCAUUUUUGAACCUGCAUGAUGUUUUGGAAAACUUCUGCUCUUUGGGGGGUUUGUGAUAUGGAUGCAUUUUGCUGCUCAGGGAUAUGGAAGCAAUUUGGUGCUAUCAGAAGAUCUAUCAUCCACUUUUUGUUCCUUUGAUUGAAUUGUAAUUAGCAGUAUACUUUGUAUUUAUACAUGUACUUUAUUUUUUCAAACAAAUAACGUUGUGGAGUUUAUUUUUUUAAAUAAAU